AUGCACAAAACAAAAACUCCUUCAUUACUUGUUCAUAUUCUUCAUUUUGAGACACUUUCUAUUCUUCUCUUUUCCUUUACUAUCACCAACAUUAUGACGAACCCAUCAUCAGCCACCGCCGGAAACUGGAUUCCGGCCGCCAUUAUAAUAGUCCUGGUGGCGGCAGCAAACACAGAUAGUUCAAGCUUAGCCGGAAAAAAAACCUUGACGAACGAUAAUAAUGUGAAUAAAGUUUUCAGCCCUUUUAAUCGUCCUCCUACGAGUGGUGCUGAGAUCGACCGUAAGUAUGGUGUCGAGAUGCGACUUGUUCCGAGUGGGCCCAAUCCUCUGCACAAUUGA